AGGUGUAGCCCUGCAGCCCGCUCAUGCUUCCAAGGCUGGAGAACACACACACACCUUCAGUGUUGGUGUCAUUUGAAGAUGUGGCUGUGGACUUUACCCAGGAGGAAUGGCAGCACAUGGACAACACUCAGCGGACCCUGUACAGGGAUGUGAUGCUUGAGACUUACAACAAUCUGCUGUCCUUGGGGUACAGCUUGACAAAGCCUGAUGUGAUCUUAAGCUUGGAACGACAUUCAACACCAUGGACCGUGGACAAAUCUACAAACCAGAGACUUCCAGAUCGCUACAGAAAGAAUAAGCUGCUUGGAGCUAAUCAGGAAAGUCAAGAAAUAAUCUUCAGGAUGCCUGAUGAAAUGCCUCUGGAGAUAAAGCAUGCCUCUAAUUUGCCUGAGAUCAAACUCCAGAGUGGGGAAAAUCUCAGACAACAUGAUAAGAUGCACACUUGUGAGCAGUCUUUUGAACACAGUGGGAAAGAAAAAACUUUCAGCAGGAAGAAGAUAUUCCUUGUGAGUGAGACAGCUUACACCACCGAUGCAUGUAAUAAGCAACCUGUCAAUGUGGGAGAGUCUGUUCAGGUUAAAGAGAAAAUGUUAAGUAACAAUCCUGACUUUGACAAUCAUCAACAAACACAAUCAGGAGAGAAAUCCCAUGAGCAUUUCCUGAGUGAGAAAUCACUUAUUUAUAAAGAAGAUGUCAAAGUCAAUGAGAUAACCCAAACAGCAAAAAGUUGUUAUAUAUGUGGUUACUGUAAAAAGCCUUUUAACUUUAAAUCUUGCAUUAAUAGCAAACAUAGAAGUGAAAGUGGAGCAAAUUUGAAUGUGUGCAAUGAAUGUAAAGAAAACAUUGACCGGAAGUCAGAACUCAUGGGAGAUCAAAUCCUUGACACUGCAGAGAAGCCAUAUGAAUGUAAUGAGCAUGGAAAAGCCUUUCACCAGCAAUUAUCUGUCAUUAGGUGUCAGAGAAUCCACACAGGAGUAAAAGCCUAUGAGUGUAGGAUAAAACCUUAUGAAUGUAUUGAGUGUGGGAAAAGUUUUCGUUACGAGUCAAAUCUAAUCCCACAUCAGAGAAUCCACACUGGGGAAAAACCUUAUGAAUGUAGUGAGUGUGGAAAAGCUUUUUCUUGUAAGUCACAACUCCUUACGCAUCAGAGAAUCCACACAGGGGUAAAACCUUAUGAAUGUAGUGAGUGUGGGAAAGCUUUUUCUCAGAAGUCACACCUUAUUACACAUCAGAGAAUGCACACAGGGGUAAGUUCUUAUAAAUGUAGUGAGUGUGGACAAGCGUUUAAACAAAAGUCACACCUUAUUACACAUCAGAGAAUCCACACUGGGGAAAAAUCUUUUGAAUGUAGUGAGUGUGGAAAAGCAUUUAUACAGAAGUCAUCCCUAAUGAAACAUCAGGUAAUCCACAUAGUGAUAAAACCUUAUGAAUGUAGUGAGUGUCGAAAAGCUUUUAAGCAGAAAUCAUCCCUAAAUAGACAUCAGGCAAACCACACCGGGGUAAAACCUCAUGAAUGUAGUGAGUGUGGAAAAGGUUUUUCUCAGAAGUCACACCUCAUUAAACAUCAGAGAGUCCACACAGUGGAAAAAUCUUAUGAAUGUAGUGAGUGUGGAAAAGGGUUUAAACAGAAAUCAUACCUAAUGAUACAUCAGAGAAUCCACACUGGGGAAAAACCUUAUGAAUGUAGUGAGUGUGGAAAAACAUUUAAGCAGAAAUCGUCCCUAAAUACACAUCAGGUAAAACACACAGGGGUGAAACCAUAUGAAUGUAAUGAGUGCCUAAAAAGUUUUUCUCAGAAGUCAAACCUCAUUACACAUCAAAGAAUCCACACUGGGGAAAAACCUUAUGAAUGUAAUGAGUGCGGAAAAAGUUUUUCUCAAAAGUCACACCUCAUUACACAUCAGAGAACCCACACAGGAUAA